UCCCUUAACUGCUGGCUCAAACAGGCUUCUGUGUUGUAGUUCCUUGUCAGCCUCAUUUGUAGGCUUAUAAACACCUUUAUAUUUAAAUAUGUGAAACAAUGUGCUGAAACUAUUACAGGAAUUCCUUUUGUUCACCCGUGUGACUUCAUGGUGGCCGCUGUCUGCAGUCCGUGAGACACACUCGGGCUACGGGAGGGAGAAGGUCGUCCCCGUUUUAAAGCAGGUCAACAGCAACGUCGUUUACAUGUUUCUGGUGGGGCUCACGGGAGGGAUAGCCUCAGGGAAGAGCACUGUCUCCUCUCAGCUGAGAGAACUCGGGUGCCCUGUCAUCGACGCUGAUGUGGUGGCCAGGAAAGUUGUGGAGCCACACAGCCCUGCAUACAGGCUGGUGGUGCAGCACUUUGGGCAGGAGGUGCUGCUGGAGAACGGGGAGAUAGACAGACAGAAGCUGGGACAUAUCAUCUUCUCUAGCCCAGAGAAACGCAGGCUGCUGAACUCCAUCACACACCCGGAGAUCCACAAAGCCAUGCUGAAACAGAUCCUGCUCUACUUCAUCAGAGGUUAUCGGUAUGUGGUUCUGGACGUGCCUCUGCUGUUUGAGACGCGCCGUCUUACUCGCUUCUUAAAUCACACAGUGGUUGUCUACUGUGAUCCCACCACGCAGCUGGCUCGGCUGAUGCACAGGGACGGUUUGAGCCAGGAGGAGGCCGAGCAGCGCAUUGCCGCGCAGAUGCCCCUGAACGAGAAGCGUGGUUUGGCUAGCCACGUGAUCGAAAACUCGGGCUCGCGCGAAGACACACACCGCCAGGUCCUCAAACUGCACACCAAGCUGGAGGACUCCAUGGAAUUCCUGUUCGUCAGGGCCAUCGCGGUGGUAGCUGUUGCCGGCCUGGGAGGCCUCUUCCUGUACACGGUUAGACUCCUGGCGUCCUAGCCGCAAGGUGGAACUUUUAAUGAGGUGCUUCUCCGGGACAGAACCAAGGCCUUCCACGCAGUAACAGUGAAGGAGGGUUGAAUGUGGGUUGAAAAUGUGAUGUGAAAAUGUGUUGUGUUUUUUUUUUUUAAAGUCUAAAUCACUUUAACAAAAAACACUAACGCUAUUUUUAAUAGUUAUCAGAAAUUUGACAAUCUAAACCUCACAACAAAACGACCUCCAACUUAACAGAAUUAGAACUGCACACAGGCCAAGUUGUGAACAGAAUUAAAAGUCCCAUGUUCUACGAUGAUUUUGUGUCAGAUUAGAGGUGAAUGGUAUAGUAAAAAUGUCACAAAGAAAUUUUCACAGUACACAAUUUGCAUUGUAAUUAGAAAACUAUGAAUACAAUAGUGCACUUAACUAAAUACACUUAAACAGGAUUAAUUAUAUGAAACAUGCAGUUGGUCAGUAUUCUUUUAAGUACUAACGAUACCCAUAAUGCACUCAGAAAAGCAUGUGUAAUUCAUCACAAUAACAAUAGUAAUUGCCAUAUCACCCAUGUCAGAUCUUGUUGAAGUGUACGCACUGCUUUGUCCAUUGAAUUAUCAUCUGACAUUCUGCAUUCAUUCCUAGGUCAAGCAUUCCUGUCAGCCAUAGUAGUUAGCAAGCAGCUUCACUAACUCUUAAGCCAUCCAGCUGUGUUGGCUUUUAGAUAAGUCAUGGUGACACAUCCUUUACCUGUUCCCUAACAAGUAAUUGGGAAAUUUCUCUUCCUGGCUGGUGUAUGAAGUAUGCUUUGAUGCGUCACUUAUGUGUAUGUUCUAACAUAUACUACUUCAUUCUAACAUGUGUGGCUUUUAAGCUGCUACACCAAGCUAGUUAGCAACAUGUGCGAACAAGUAGAGAUGGCAUUUCCGAUACUGAUAUCAGUGUUGGCGGAUAACGAUAUAAUAUUUUUAUCUUUAACUAAUAAGCCUUAAAAUUAGCUAUUUUUAAUCAAAGUUGUUCACUUAAAGCUAUAUUAUAUAUGGUUUGGGGAUUUGGAGACCUCUCUGUUGGAAAUGUGUAAUUGCACACAAUGUGUGGAAGAACAUUUUAGCUGCAUUUCGAAGCCCAGGCUGCAGCCGAGGUAGAGUGCGUCCUCGGGAAAACUGUCCUAUGAAGACUCCUCCUUAGUAGCCUAUUGGUCACCCAAAUAGAACAGUCCUAACAAGGCUGUGUGGUGCCGUCACCAGAAACUUGUGAGAGCCCAUUGCAUUGUAUUUGUUGCUACAGUAACUAGUAAGCCAACAAGCUUAUGUAGUUUGAUAAACUGCAUAUAUACAAAUAUGUCUGAUUAAAAUACGAUAUGUGGACGAACUUUUUAAUUAGUCAUUUUACACUUUAUAAUGCAAUGAAGACUAAUUCAGAGAUGUGAAUAACUUACAUUUUAAAACAAGCUCUGCUCCAACGGCUUAGUUUUCUGCCAUUUUUGUAGUGUUGUGUUU